AACAAAAUGCAGAAGCAAGUGGAGAUCAGAAUGCAUGAGAGUCAUUUGGACCCUCCUACACCACCUGAAGAGUCCAUGUGUGGAGGCUUCUGUGACAAAAUGAUGAAGAACCUGUUACUUGUGCUCACAAUCCUUGGUGUGAUCAUAGGUUCAGUAGCUGGUAUUCUACUGAGGUACGCAUCACCACUCCCCCCUGAUGCCAUUAUGGUGAUUGCCUUCCCGGGUGACAUUCUCAUGAGGAUGUUAAAAAUGGUGAUUUUGCCUCUGAUCAUCUCAAGUUUGAUCACAGGAUUAGCAGGGUUGGAUGCCAAGUCCAGUGGUCGUUUAGGCACAAGGGCCAUGGUGUACUACAUGUCUACCACCAUCAUCGCAGCUGUGCUGGGGGUGAUCUUGGUGCUCCUCAUCCACCCCGGUAACCCCAAACUGAAGGCAAACCUGGGCGAAGGGAAAAAGAAUGAUGAAGUGUCCAGUUUAGAUGCCUUGUUCGAUCUCAUCAGAAAUCUGUUUCCAGAAAAUCUUGUUCAGGCUUGUUUCCAGCAGAUCCAGACUGUUACUAACAAAGUAGAAGUAGCUCCUCCUCCAAAUCCAACUCGGUUUGGACGAAAUUCUACCAAGGGUGCAGCAAAAUAUGUGAUCAAGAAGUCUCUUCAGUUCAAGAGCGGCAUGAAUGUGUUAGGAAUUAUUGGGUUCUUUGUUGCAUUCGGCAUAUGUAUGGGAAAGAUGGGAGAAAGGGCCAAGCUGAUGCUUGAGUUCUUCAACGUUCUCAACGAGAUUGUUAUGAAGCUUGUCGGCAUGAUCAUGUGGUAUUCCCCCGUUGGUAUUGCGUGUCUGAUCUGUGGAAAGAUUAUUUCAAUCAAUGAUUUGGAGGUGGUGGCCAGGCAACUUGGAAUGUACAUGGUCACUGUCAUCGUUGGACUUAUCAUUCACGGAGCCAUUUUCCUUCCCUUAAUAUAUUUUGUUAUUGUUCGGAAAAACCCAUACACAUUCUUCAUGGGAGUUUUCCAGGCUUGGGUCACCGCUUUAGGAACAGCUUCUAGUGCUGGGACAUUACCUGUCACUUUCCGCUGUCUAGAGGAAAAUCUGGGCAUUGACAAGAGAGUCACUCGAUUUGUAUUACCUGUUGGAGCAACAAUCAACAUGGACGGUACAGCGCUUUACGAGGCUGUAGCGGCCAUCUUUAUUGCCCAGAUGAAUGGAAUAGAACUUGAUCCUGGUCAGAUUGUGACAGUCAGCCUUACAGCGACUCUUGCUAGCGUAGGAGCAGCCAGUAUUCCCAGUGCUGGUCUGGUGACGAUGCUUCUGAUCUUGACAGCUGUGGGACUACCGACUCAAGACAUCAGUUUACUGGUAGCAGUCGACUGGUUACUGGACCGUUUCCGAACAUCAGUCAAUGUCGUUGGUGACUCGUAUGGGGCGGGAAUCGUGUACCACCUCUCCAAAGAUGAGCUUGACCUAUUUGAUGCGCAGCAAAGGCCAGAUGACUUUGAGAUGGCCAAGACACAAUCCUUUUUUGAGAAUAACACUAACCAUGGUGUAUAUGCAUCUCACAACUCCUAUCAGCCGGUCCAAAUAGAUGACUGCAAGGUAACCUUGGCCUCAAAUGGCUCCACUGCAGAGUUCUCACUUGUUGAGGAGGAACCAUGGAUACGCGAGUAACACAGCACACAGAUCCAGCUCCGCCUUAUCCUGAGUCCCACAAGCUUAUCCUUUCUGGUGAAAACCAAAUGCUAAUUUUAUACAUAUAAACAGUCAGAAGUUACCACAAAACUUUUCACAUGCACAACCACUGACCUUUUGUAUGACAAUCUCAGUUCAUUUGACAAACAAAGAGAAGAGAAUGUAGCUCGAAAGUAGCUGGUGCUCGUAGUGGUUCAGCUGGUUCAGCCUCAUACAUUAUAAUUCACAUCCAAGGAUUACGAUAGUUGUAAUUCUAGGCCUUGGGUUUGACGAUAGAUCUGAAACCUGCUGCCUUAAGGCUACUGCGUAGAAGGAUCACAAUGGCUUGUCCAGCCUGGGACCCCAGACUGACCCUAGAGCACUACUAGUGGCAGGAGGAGAGAAGUGCAGUUUGUUUGCUGAAGAUACCUUUGACUGGCUUGGCUUAGGUGGAUUAACCCUUGGUGGCGGCACUCCAGAUCAGCCUCUUAUAAGAGCUUACCGAUGUACUUAGAGGUUCUGAAAUAGUGGUUUGCCUCCAAAUGCUGCCACUUAUUUUUAGACGCCACCCAACGUAAAUGCCACGUCAGCAAUUACAGAGCGAUUAGACAUAAAGUAUGACAUUGAGUUGACUGGCGUUAUCUAAAAGGAACGUUGGCUGUAAAGGGUUAGUUCACCCAAAAAUGAAAAUUAUGUCAUUUAUUACUCACCCUCAUGUCGUUCCACACCCGUAAGACCUUCGUUUAUCUUCGGAACACAAAUUAAGAUAUUUUUGAUGAAAUCCGAAACAAACUUUAAAACAAAAGUUUCAUAAAGCUUCGAAGCAGUGUUUUGAAAUCGGCCAUCACUAGAUAUUGUUGAAAAGUCGUUAUUUUGUUUUUUUGGCGCACAAAAAGUAUUCGCGUCACUUCAUAACAUUAAGGUAGAACCACUGUACUCACUUGAACUGUUUUAAAUAUGUCUUUAAUACCUUUCUGGAUCUUGAGAGGUUCAGUGACAUUGCUGGCAAUAGAAGCCUCACUGAGCCAUCGCAUUUCAUCAAAAAUAUCUUAAUUUGUGUUCCAAAGAUGAACAAAGGUCUUUGGGUGUAGAACGACAUGAGGGUGAGUAAUAAAUGACAUUAUUUUCAUUACUGGGUGAACUAACCCUUUAAUGUCAUACAUUCACCACUUAAGAAGAAAGAAGUUUUCAUUCCGACAUUAUGAGUGUCCAUGCGUGUUUUUUGUUUGAGGGAAGGGACUUGCAUGUGUGUAGGUUUUGUACGUAUCUGUGUGCUUUGUUAAGUUGUCGAUUUAUUUAUGUAUUUAUUUGCUAAGUUACAAUCUUGCCUUGAAGACAUCAACUGCAAACGGUGCAGACAGAAGACUUUAAUAUCAAAUGCAUUCCCAUUUUCUUGGAUCGUAGAUGAUUAAUAGUGUUUAAUUCUCUGAGGAGCCUUCUUGGAUACUCAGAUAUUAAGUCCAGUUGAAUGGAUUCUAUAUUCGCGCUAAUAAUAGAGGCCCUCAUGUUGGUUGGUGCUCAGGUUGUUAGCAUGAUAUACUAACAGAAAAGAGAUGACAGAAUUGAAAUCUAUCUUUAAAUCUGCACUGUUUAUUUAGUAGUCUCUAAUUACUAUUAUAGCAACACAAUAAACAUUCCUCUUUUGCACCAGAAUCUUAAAAUGUUCUCAUUAAAGUGCCUCCUUGCACUUUCUGUAAAUAAAUAAAUAAAUACACAUAUAUGCUGUCAUAUUUUAGAUAUAUUUUUCAUGGAAACUUAAGUGUGGUAUUUCAUCACUUUUUGUCUGUUGUUUUAUAAAACAACUGCAAUUCAUGUAUUCACUUUAGUAUAUUAUUUUAGGUAGAUUAGAGUGUAACAGGUUGUCUUAGUUAUCAUUAUUAUAUUCCAUGUACGUCACUGGGAACAGAUGGCUGUGAAACACUGACUGAUGAGUAAAAAUGUAUGUAUGUGAAUGUAAGCAUAUUUUUCACUGUUACAAUUCAUAAUGAUAUUGUGUCUCAAAUAUUGUGUAUUGUUAAACAUUUUGGUAGGGAUAAUGACACUAGGGGAAAAAGUCAAAUUACUAAUAAUUAUAAACCAGGCUUGCUACAGAUUUAGCAGCCCUGUGGAGUGUAGGGAAAAUAAAGUGCAACCUACAGUAGAUACAGUAUCUGUAAUAUAAAUGUGUGCACUAUUGGAAUAUCUGUUCAGGCAGGGCCUGACACAUCUAGAGGUACUGUGAUAUAUGUUAUAAAUGUGACCAUCCUGCUCUUUUUAUUUGUGCAACCCUGUUUGGUUUCAAACACAUUGUAUAACUGUCUACCAAACUGUUCACUUUUUAAAUUUGUCUUUUUCCUCUAUUUUUCUAUGAAAUACCUAUAAGAAAUUGUAAAUAAAGGCAAUGCUUCUUGUCUCA